AUGGCCGGUCGCUGCAAAAACUACGAUCCCUGUGAGGUUAAGCCUAAGUUUGUGAAGAAACAGUUGCCCGCAAAAUGCGAAUCGAAGUUCCUUGACAUUGUUCGGCAGGCCUGCCUUCUCUAUGACGACUACGUAGACCUGGCUACUGCCGUAAAACAAAAUCUUGACGAGCUCUACGGACCAACUUGGCAUGUCGUUGUUGGACCAACUUUCGCGAGCCAUAUCAUACACGAGAAGAAGGCAUUCGCCCACAUAAAAUGCAACAAUCUCUCCUUCCUGAUAUUCCGUUACGGCUAA